CCUUGUGAGAAUUGGUCAAAGAAGACAGGAGAUAGGCAAGAGCAGUAGUAUACAGUUAUUUUUCUGAGUAUCAGAACUUGGAAUUGUACUUGUGAAGAAUAUAGCAUCGUCAAGUUCUAAAUUUCAAGGAUAGCAGAUUGGAUCAAGAGAAAAAAAAAGGACGUGUCAGAAGAUGUAUCAUCAUCACCAUCAUCAAGGAAAGAACAUCCAUCCUUCUUCAAGAACGCCCAUCACUCCUGAAAGGAAUUUGUUCCUGCAAGGUGGGAAUGGCCCUGGUGAUUCAGGACUUGUCCUCUCAACCGAUGCUAAGCCUAGACUUAAAUGGACGCCAGACCUUCAUGAGCGGUUCAUAGAAGCAGUUAAUCAGCUUGGAGGGGCAGACAAGGCUACUCCAAAAACUGUUAUGAAACUUAUGGGAAUUCCUGGACUUACCUUAUACCAUCUGAAGAGUCAUCUACAGAAAUACAGGCUCAGUAAGAAUCUUCAUGGACAAGCUAACAGUGCGACCAGCAAAACUGUGGUGGGAGAGAGGAUGCCUGAAGCAAAUGGAGCCCUAAUGAGCAGCCCCAACAUUGGGAACCAAACAAACAAGAGCUUACAUUUAAGUGAAACACUACAGAUGAUUGAAGCACAGAGAAGGUUACAUGAGCAGCUUGAGGUGCAGCGACACCUACAGCUCCGGAUCGAAGCACAAGGAAAAUACCUACAGGCAGUGCUGGAGAAAGCCCAGGAGACACUAGGAAGACAGAACUUGGGAGCAGUGGGACUUGAAGCAGCCAAAGUUCAGCUGUCUGAGUUGGUAUCUAAAGUAUCAACCCAAUGCCUCCAUUCUGCAUUUUCAGAGCUCAAAGAACUGCAGAGUUUGUGCCCUCAGCAAACCCAAACCCAGCCCACAGACUGUUCCAUGGACAGCUGUUUGACCUCAUGUGAAGGAUCUCAAAGAGAGCAGGAGAUACACAACUGUGGGAUGGGGUUGAGACCAUAUACUAAUGGUAGUACACCUCUAGAGGCAAAAGAUACCGCAGAGCCUCCUGGGCUGCAACAUACAGUGCUGAAGUGGUGCGAAGACACAAAGGAGAAUAGACAGUUUAUAUCCUCAAUGCAAAGGGAUGCUGAGAGGAGAACAAUGACUGCCGAGAGAAGCAACAGUGAUUUAUCCAUGCGCAUUGGACUUCAAGGAGAAAAAGGGAAUGGCAGCAACAGCUAUUCUGAGGGCAGAUUUAAAGGGAGAGCUGAGGCAGACAAUUUUGUAGAUCGAACCAACCAUGGAGCAGAUUCAGGUAAUUCGGUUAAACAAGAGAAUGAGAAGAUGUCGCAUGGAUACAGGCUCCCUUGUUUUGGGGCAAAAUUGGACCUAAAUGCCCAUGACGAAAAUGAUGUCACUUUGAGUUGCAAACAAUUUGAUUUGAAUGGUUUCAGCUGGAACUGAGAGGAUCCGCUGUAAAGGAAAAAAAUGUGGAGGAAAAAGUACUCGAAUUCUAAUUUGGCAUCCCAGAGGGAAGUCGGAAACUCUGCAAAGUCAGCCUGCAGCCCUCUCCUUCAGGCUCAGACUGAGAGGAAAUAAGUAUCAAAUGCCUAACAACCAAAUCAAAAUCUUGUACUUCUAUUAUCAACCGACAUAUUUCUUUCAGAGCUCGAAUGAGACUCGUGUAUAAUAAUUUCAGUUAUGCAAUUUGUCUCGAUAUAUGUGUACUGGUACAUUUCUUCAA